UUCUAAAGCUAUCGCCUCCUCAAAGCAAAGCACUAUUUUCAAGCAGUCGGAGGGCGCCGGCCAUCAAUGAUGUGUUUAAGAACUGGAAGUCAGCCAUCGCAAAUCAGAUUUCAGGACGCACAAAUGGCAAUGAUAUUAUCAUAAUACUAACAAGACGUCCCCUUACGGAUGCCAGUGGAAAUGAAGCGUCUGGCUUUGCGAUUAAAGGAAGUAUAUGUACAAAAAACAAUGUUGUCCUCGUGACAGAUGACGGAGUGUACUCAGCUGUGAACAAGCUUGCCAAGGUCAUUGUGCACGCAAUUGGCGUAGAUGUCGACGGCUCUGGCGCCGCUAUCGGGUGUCCAGCCCAUGAUGGACACCUCAUGGGGAAAGGAAACCUGAAGCUUCCUUUGGACUUUUCAAGAUGUACCAAGAACCUUUUCGCUGGAGCUUUAAGGAAGCUCCACUGUCUGAAAAGCAGGAUCGCCCACAAGGCGGGAAAGAACAUACCGAUGCCAGCAAAGAUUAAACGAUCAGCCUAUUGCUCAGCGUUCGGCUCAACUGACUGUGACGAUCAGGGAACCGGGAGCUUGGAGCACAAGCGGCCGAAAAAAUACGAAUGCUUUGUUCACUGCUGCAAGGGUCUUACACGCAUGGAUCGAAAGGUCGCACCUGAUGGGCUUGAAUGCGGCGACGAUGGGUUCAAGGUUUACGAUAAAAGAUGUGUAAACGGAGCAUGCGUGCAAAUAAGAUGAGCACAAAUUUCCUCCAGGCGUUUCAAGCGUACUACCUUUUCAGUUCAACCUACAGAUUCCUAAUGAACAGCUAAUAAAGGCUCUAAAUACGCUUUUAAGACCCCAUAGAACCCUUUAGCACAUUUGUCUUGGGCCUGUGGUCAUUCUUGCAUGGGCCCUUUGUUUCACCUCCGUUCCUCUUUCGAACCCAGCAGGGACUUUUCAAUAAAGAUGUUUUAUGGAU